UUCUGUCUAGAACACAUAUCAUUCAAGCAAGAGUUUAAAAGGCAACCACUUUUCACCGCAGGAGUCUUUCUGUGAAGAAAAAAAAAAAAACAAUGGACAGUGCCUUUGACAAACUGGACGCUGCUGGUUUCUUGGAAAUCUGGCAGCACUUUGAUGCAGAUGACAACGGCUACAUUGAGGGCAAGGAGCUGGAUGAGUUUUUCCGUCACAUGAUGAAGAGACUGGGGCCAAAGGAGAAAGUGACUGAAGAGCGGGUCCAGAGGCUGAAGCAAAGGUUUAUGUCCGCCUAUGACGUUUCUGCUGAUGGCAAACUACAGAUCCAGGAGUUGGCUAACAUGAUCUUACCUGAGACGGAGAACUUCCUGUUGAUUUUCCACAGAGAAGCUCCUCUUGACAACAGUGUCGACUUUAUGCAGAUCUGGAGGAAAUACGAUGUGGACUGCAGCGGCUACAUUUCAGCUCAGGAACUGAAGGCUUUCUUGAAAGACCUGUUCCAACAGCAUGGUCGCAAAGUGUCACCUGCCAAGCUGGAGGAAUACACGGACACAAUGAUGAAAAUCUUUGACAAGAAUAAGGACGGCCGUUUGGACCUGAAUGACUUGGCCAGGAUCUUGGCUUUAGAAGAGAAUUUUCUGCUCCAGUUCAAGUUGGACGCCGGCAGUACAGCGGAGCGAAAGCGAGAUUUUGAGAAGAUUUUUGAUCAUUAUGACGUUAACAAGACUGGCGCAUUGGAGGGAGCAGAGGUGGACGGCUUUGUCAAAGAUAUGAUGGAACUGGUCCGGCCCAACCUCACUGGUCCCGAGCUGAAUAAGCUGCGAGCAGUUUUGUUGCGUCACUGCGAUGUCAACAAGGAUGGAAAGAUUCAGAAAAACGAGCUUAUGCUUUGUCUGGGGGUGAAGCACAUGGCUUAGGUGCACUUCUAGAGCAUUGUGUUAUUAUUGUUAGCUUUCCAAAAGCAUGGAUGUAAUUUAUGAAGCGGAGACAGAUCAUGCUGUUCAUCUGGGAUAUUGAUCCAUCAGUGAAGUGUCUCUUUGACUAUGAUGAAAAAACACAUUGUGAUACUAUGGAGUAAAAAGUGUAUUGUGCAUGUUAAAGGUCAAAUUAAACGAUGCAAAGUGGACGCCUGUGGUUAAAAGGAA